AUGCUGAGUUCGAUCUUUUCUCGAGUAAGGGAAGCCUGGACCGAGCAAGAUAAAAGACCAGAAGUCAACAGCUCUACCGAGAGCUCUCGUCGCUUCAUAUUUCCCUCCGUUGACCCUGAUGUUGAUGGCGAGGACUGCGAUCACGACUGCGCCAACUGCACCAUUCGAUACCCAUCCAAGUUCAAGGUUGAAGAGGACGGGAAGCUAUACGGGAAGGUCAAGCCGGUUACGAACCAUGUUCUCGUUGCGACAGGAAGAUCAGACUGGAUGCCAAAGGCCGAGAACGAAAAGGGAUCCCUGAUGGAGGCCUUCAGGAGAGACUCUUCACAGCCAAGGGAGGAGCGUACGGUGGUGCUGGCAUCGAAUAUUUCAGUUGAACCUGUGCAUGGAGAUGGAGAUAGAUCUCGCACAUCAACUACGGUGCUCCUCCUGCCUGCAUUCUUAUAUGUCGACCAUGUAUCGGCCACAGACAUCCCCGAGCUCAAUGCCCGCUUCAUCAGCACCGUUAAAGCAGAUGACAGCGCAAGUCGAGAACCAGCAUCCAAUUCUGAGAGCAACCUCCAAUCCCGCCCUUGCAAACGGGACUACGUUGUCCUUCUAUGCUCCCAUAAAAGCCGUGAUGCCCGAUGUGGAAUAUCAGCACCACUUAUAAAGCGAGAGCUUGAGCGUCACCUCCGCCCACUUGGUUUGCUACGUGAUGAGGACGACCAACGUCCCGGUGGCGUGGGCAUAUUCUUCGUGUCGCAUGUUGGCGGCCAUAAGUUUGCGGCCAAUGUUUUGAUAUACCGGAAAGAAGAUGAGCAGAUGAUAUGGCUCGCGAGGAUUCGGCCAGAGCACUGCGAAGGGAUCGUUAAGCAUACGAUAGUUAAUGGGAAAGUCGUUCGUCCAGAUAGCCGCUUGAGGGGCGGAUUUGACAGGAAAAGGGGGCUGAUGAGCUGGUGA